ACCAUCCUGGACCACAUGCACCUGAAAUGCAAGUGCCAUGGUCUCUCGGGAAGCUGUGAGGUCAAGACCUGCUGGUGGGCCCAGCCUGAUUUCCGGGCAAUCGGUGACUACCUGAAGGAUAAAUACGACAGCGCCUCUGAGAUGGUGGUUGAAAAGCACCGGGAAUCUCGGGGAUGGGUAGAAACUCUUAGGGCCAAGUACGCGCUUUUCAAGCCGCCAACAGAGCGGGAUCUGGUUUAUUACGAGAACUCUCCCAAUUUUUGUGAGCCCAACCCAGAGACGGGCUCCUUUGGGACGAGGGACAGAACAUGCAACGUCACCUCCCACGGGAUCGAUGGCUGCGACCUGCUGUGCUGCGGUCGUGGCCACAACACCAGGACUGAGAAACGGAAGGAGAAGUGUCACUGCAUCUUCCACUGGUGCUGCUACGUGAGCUGCCAGGAGUGCAUACGCGUCUACGAUGUCCACACCUGCAAGUAA